UAUCACUUGCGUGUAGCAGCUCACUGCGCGCGGCGCGACAUCGAUUUUUCCACGAACGUACCAAUUUCGGACCGUUUUCUCGCAUUACGAACGCGUUUUAAAAUUAAAAACAAUUUAAUACAACGUGCUAAAAUACCAUCGAUGACGGUGUGAAAUGUGAUAAUUUCCCGGGCAAAUAAUGCGCCACUCCCCGUGGGCAGAAAAGAAUAAUGGCCGCCCAAAAUAAAGUUGACAACGAUUCCGACGAGAUGCCGGCAGCUAAUGCCCCCACGGACCCUGAAACAGAGCAGAAAGAACGACUUAUAGCGGCUGUGAAGAAGGAAGUCAAGCAGCUGAUGGAAGAGGCUGUUACGAGGAAAUUUGUCCAUGAAGAUAGUGGUGGAGUGACAACGUUGUGUGGCGCCGUUGAAGCGUGCUUGGGUCAAGGAUUGCGACGAAGAGCUCUCGGUCUAUUUAAGACGAGUUCAACGACAGCUUUGCUGCACAAAAUUGCAAAGCAUUGCCCCGAAGCUGCAUUAGUAUCAGCCCGGGUGCUUGCUGCCGAAGGAACGCCGGCAACAAGGUCCGCUUCCGGAGUGGAGAGGCGUCCAUCAGCGCCACGACCUCCUCUUUGUAAGAGAGGAAGCGGUUCUCUACUCGCGCAAUCUCCGCCACAGUCUAAAUACCUCUGGAUUCGUAUAGCUCUAUUCGAGAAGCAGCUGGCAAAAAUCAUUGAGCAUUUAGUGACGAAUGCUACUCGUUAUUAUGAACGUGAUGCUCUAGUGGCCGACCCUGACUACGGCAGUAUUCUUAGUUCACUGCUAGUAGGGCCAUGCGCGCUAGAAUAUUCAAAGGCUAAACCACCGGUUACAUUCUGGACCGAUCCACCAGCUGAUGAAUUGGUUCAAAGACAUCGUAUGUCAGCGGGUACAACGACACCGCCUUCAGUUCGAAGACCGAUUUUGAACUUUAAAAGGAGUCUAAAUGCCUCGUCUGACGAUAGUUCGUCAGUCAACACAGUUACGGGCAAGGGAACGACAAGUGCCAAAGAUUACGUAGAAAGUUUACAUCAGAAUUCAACGGCUACGCUUCUAUACGGAAAGAACAAUGUUCGCGUACAGCCUAAAGACGCAGAGGAACCCAUGGCAGGAUAUUUGAGCCUUCACCAGACGGCGGUUGGAUUGGUGAUUAAAUGGACACCAAAUCAGCUCAUGAAUGGUUACGCCGAAAGCGAGAGUGUUGACAAAAGCUUGCUUCGCUGUCAUCUUGUGCAUGCGUCCGCCUGUCAACACACAUGUGUUCUGUGCAGCACGAAGCCGUGUACCGUGUACAGGAGUCGCUGUGCCGGUCCCCUAUGCGUCGACUGUGUGUACUGGGCGAUGUCACUGCAAGUGCAAGUGUGGGAGGUGGUAUACGUGCACGUGCAUCGGUCUCAAGGCAGCGACGCGCUCAUACUUGUCGGCCAGGACGGAGUGCAGAGACCACCCAUACACUUCCCGAAAGGAGGUCACUUGCUGUCUUUUUUGAGCAAUCUAGAGACAGGUUUAUUACCUCAUGGUCAGCUAGAUCCACCCCUAUGGUCACAGAGAGGGGCUGGAAAAGUAUUCGGUAGAGGAAAAAACCGGAGACGUCCUAUGCCAAGUCUCUCCGAAUGUGGCGAAAGUGACGAAGUGGACCAAGACGAGGCUGCCGGCGAUUACGUGUUCCGUAUUGUCAACAACGCUAUAGCCGACAGAGAAGCAAUGCGUCAUUCUCUUCUAGAACGAGCAGUUCAGUCGCCUCCGCGCACUCCACGCCGGCCUCUAGCAUCAACGUCUACUACUUCCUCUGAUUCGUCAACAAUGUCAGUCGAUUGUCCACCUUCGGCUGGAUUUAGUGGGCUUCCUCCGAUAACACCAGCUCCACACCAGCCUGUUGAACAGACUGCGUCCAUUGAACUGGUAUGCAGUACGAUGCGUAGACAGAUAAUAUCGAGGGCGUUCUACGGUUGGCUCGCGUAUUGCCGACACUUGUCCACUGUCAGAACCCAUCUAAGCGGUCUCGUGCAUCCCAAUAUAAUUACGAAAGAAGGAGCAGACUCUGGUCUUACAGAAGAAAUAUGGCGUUCAAUGACCGACGACAGUGGUACUGUAAAUGACAAAAACGAAGUAUACAGGCUGGUUUACUACGGUGGUGUUCAGCAUGACAUCAGAAAGGAAGUUUGGCCAUAUCUCCUUGGAUAUUAUGAAUUCGGUUCAACAACAGAACAAAGAAUAGAACAGGAUGCGUCUUGCCGUCGUCAGUACGAGACCACAAUGUCGGAGUGGCUCUGUGUUGAAGCCAUAGUGCGGCAGAAGGACAGAGAAGCCACGGCCGCUUCAAUAGCGAGGCUCAGUGAAGCCUUGGGAAAACUGCCACCCGUGGAGAGUAAUGGAGAUUCUGGAGAGGUUUUCGAAGACGAUUGCAGCGUCAUAUCAGACAACCCUCCAAUUGUAACUCCAGAGCCUAGCGAUAACGAACAAAGACGACCGGACAACAAACCUGUUCUGUCUCGAGCACCCAGCGUAGAUGAGAUUGACAAUAUCGAUUUAGACUCGGAAGAGAAAGAGAAAGAUGUUAAAGUUAACGGAGAGACUGACACGAGUGAUACUAGAGAAAUAGAUAGUCUUAAAGACUUAGAUGAUGAAGAUGACGAUGUUCAUUUAAAAAGCGUUGUGGAGAACCCGGAUAUGAGGCGAGAAAGUAUAGCUGAAAUAAAAAGACUGGCUGAAGGUAUCGUUCAGAAAAGCGACGGAAGAGGAUUACUUUGUAGCGUUGAUAGUGCGAAUGUGAACCUUAACGGCGUUGACCAAAGAUCCUCUGUAGAGGAAAACGGUCCGAGUCCACAACAGCAUACUAGCGUUAUAGUUACUAAUCCGUCUGUUGAUCUAGUACCGUCGGGAUCACCGGCUUCCGGUGGAACAACUGCUAAUGUGAGCCCGUCUCGUAGUCCAUUAGGAGUGGUACGAGAAGAAUCUCAAUCUGCUGGUGCAUCAUUUGACACUCUGGAACCAACGAGUGAUCAACGUCCAGAGACCAGAUCCAAUUGCGUUUCACCUGCUAGUUCUAAUGGUGGAGUUUAUUCUAACGAGUUGGUUGAAAGCUUCGCUCUGAAUCUCCAUCGGAUCGAGAAAGACGUUCAAAGAUGUGACAGGAAUUAUCCGUUCUUUACUGAUGAAAAUCUUGAUAAACUAAGAAAUAUUAUGUGCACAUACGUUUGGGAACACCUCGAAACUGGUUAUAUGCAGGGAAUGUGUGACCUCGCUGCUCCGCUGCUGGUGAUGAUGAAGGAGGAAGCUUCAGCCCACGCACUGUUCACAAGGCUCAUGGACCGAGCCAGGGAUAAUUUCCCUUCAGGGCAAGCCAUGGACGCUCAUUUUGCUGACAUGAGGUCGUUAAUCCAAAUCUUGGACUGCGAGCUGUACGAACUGAUGCACGCUCACGGGGAUUACACACACUUCUACUUCUGCUAUCGCUGGUUCCUAUUAGACUUCAAAAGGGAAAUGCUAUAUCAAGACGUGUUUGCGGCGUGGGAAAUGAUAUGGGCUGCUCGUCACGUCGCCUCCGAGCAUAUGGUGCUGUUCAUAGCGCUCGCUCUGCUCGAGACGUAUCGCGAUGUGAUACUCGCGAACACAAUGGAUUUUACGGAUAUCAUCAAAUUCUUCAAUGAGAUGGCCGAACGUCACGACGCUUCCGCUGUUCUAUCUCUAGCCAGAGACCUAGUCCUGCAAGUUCAGACUCUAAUCGAGAACAAAUAGAGUUCGUUGUCGUAUAAUUUGAAAGUCUCUAAAUAGACAAUGAUCGAUUCGUUACGCUACAUGAUAAUGAAGGUCAAACGUGAAAUGUAUGUCGCUGUUUGUAACCGCGAAACAAAAUCGUUUCUCAUUUUCGAAAUUGUUCUGGAAUAUUUAAAUAUGAAAAAUAAUUGGAAAUGCCAUUUUUAAAUUUGGAAAAUUUUGUAAGCCACAUUAUUUUUGAAAAUUCUGAAGUUCUGAUCUAUGGAUAAAUUGUUAUUGUACGUAUGCAGUGACGUUAUUCGGGAACAUGUAAUGUACCUAUGUAUAUUUAUCGAAAGGUUUAUAAUAUUAUAAUUUUUCUUAACAAAACAAGUCAUAUUUUAAAUCUUGUUUGAAAUCAAUGAACUUUUUAAUUUUCACGAUAAUUGUUGAUAUUAUUUGUAGAAUAGAGAGGUUCUAUAUGCUAAAAUAAUAUAUAUAGUCACAACUACU